AUGGAUGACGUCCGCAACCUGACCGCGCGCUUGAAGCCCAAAGCGCUAUCGGAAAAAGACGCAAUUGCUGAAAUGGUUUUGGAUUUCGAUCUUCAGUCUCCAAAGAACGUGUCUACUGUCAAUGAAAAC